UAUAGGAUUACCUUCACGCUCUCUCCAUACAUAUUGGCGUAUGCGUUGUGUUGUUAUAUACCCGACAUGGGAGUUUAUUAAAUCUUUGUUAGAACAGUACUGUCCCAUCAUCAUGGCCACAUAUCCCACCUGUGAUCCCACGGGGGUAUCAGUGAGAUUAUCGCAAUGAAGAAAAGUGUUCACUUUCCUUGGCGUCCGAUAACGAUCUUCAAACCUGACUAUAACUACAGGAGGAAUGCCCGUGUGUCCCAAAGCUUGCUAACCCCACUGUAUCGGGAUGUUUCUGAUUACAGACAACCGAGGGUCAAAUAUUAUGGGCAUUGUCAUCAGCUGAAGAAAAAAACCAUGGAGAACCGAAUAGUGAGCAACGUUUUGCAGAAGAACAGUGACUUCCUGUCCCGCCAUCUUGUCCUGUCGCCCACAGUUCUCGAGAAGCUUCAGGAGAACGGCCUGAUUAGCGAAUACGUCAAGCGGCAGCUGUCGUUCAAGGACACAGAUGAACAAGUUCCUUGCCUCAUCGAGAGUUUUAGCGGCCGAGAUUUAUUGACAUUCAGAAAGUUUCUGGCAGUUCUGAGGGAGACUGGCCACGGCUGGUUGGUUGACGUCCUGUUAAGGUCACAGGCUCUCAGUUAUGAAGAAAUCGCCUCAUCAGAUGGUGAAGCUGGUCAAGUUGACUUCAGACAGGGGUCAGGAUUAGUAGGUGAAAGGUCAAGGUUACAUGGAAUGACCCCUGAACAUGCCCGGAUGAGACUGACGUCAGCACAUUUAAGAGGUCGAGGAGGGGAUGUUGGUGGAGGUUAUGGAGGGGCAGGGUUGGGUUUGAGGGGGAUGGAAAGGGGAGGACUUGGGGGUGAGGGAUAUCAGGGGUCAGGUCUUGGAGUAGGGGGUUAUGACAGGAGUGGUCUUGGAGGAAGAGAUUUGAGUGGAUUAGGACUUGGUGGAGGCAGAUUAGCGAUUGGUAAUGGCAGUGGAUAUGAUAAAUCACGAUUAUCGCUUUUGCAAAAAAGAACACCCCCUGCUGACCUUGGGAGUAUUCUUGAUGACAGGCGUGCCGUGGGGAGCGGCAGAUAUAGGGGCCAGGUAUCCCCGGGGGCUUUGUUGUCAAACGUCAUGAGGGACCCACCACGCGGCAGUGCCAUAGAUAUGGGUGGAGUAUCGUCAGGCGAUAUCCCUGGCGCCUUGUUGAACCUCCACGACCACUUCAGGAACCAGAGUGACACCAACGAGCAAAACCUGACCACCCUGAAGCGGGAAGAGAUGGCCAUUCGGGAGCUCCUGGACCAGAACAACAGGGAACAGGUCAAGGUCAAACGGAACCAGUCAGCGCUGACAGACAUAGGGCGUCGCCUGGAGGAGAUCAACGUCAGGACCAAUGAGGUGUAUGACCCCAAUGUUCACAGCCAGAUCUCGAGGUACCGUCUGUCCCAACUAAACCAGAUACCCUGGUCCAAUACCAGAUAACCUGGAUUUGACCCACGUUAUCUCCAGUGAGGUGUGUGACCCAAAAUGUCCACCGUCAGAUCUCAAGGUAACUUCAGCCAGAUGCCUUGGUUCAAUGAUAAGAAACUCUUAUGCCAUGUCUUACCAAUAGGGCAGAACAUGUAUACUAGUUUCACGAACAUUGACGUCAUCCCUGAUUCAAGUGAUCCAUUCAUAUAAUUUUCACCAUUAUAAAUUGUCCAGUUUAACCUGUUCCGGAGGAAAGUCAAGACUGGUUAUUCCAUGACGUUGAGGUACCACGUUGUAUCAGGAAUAGAAAGACUCAUUGCAACUUGGGUUGCAAAGGACAAGGCUUAUACUAUCUACCAUCCUCCUGUGUUGUGUCAGACUCUUUGGAUUAUCUGUGAUCGUACGAUGUGGAUUUAAUCGCUUUGUGUAAAGGUCCGACACGUAAUUAUGUGUACAAGUCUCGAGGAUUUAUGUAAAUAUGUUAUGAAGACACGUUUUCAAAUGGGACAUGAAUCUUACUUUUGUACUGGCAUGUUAUAUUAUAAUUAUUACAUAU